CCAGCCUAGCUCAUCACCAGAUCUGAUCAGUGCUCAACUAGAUCAUCACUCUGAAGACCUCCAGAAGCUCUCUUCCAGAUCAACUCUGCUUUGAAGCCAAGAACCUUCUACGAUGCAUAUUUUCGUUGCCCUCAUGUUUGUGGCUGCUGCCACGGCAGAACUCGCCCCACUUCUCGAGAACUCUGAACCUAUCCCGGGAAAGUACAUCAUCAAACUCCGCGAUGACACCAAUCUUGAUGAAAUCGCUUCUACCGUUCGUCUCUCUGGUGGGAAAAUAGGCCAACUUUUCCGACGCGUCCUGAAUGGCUUUGCUGCUGAUCUUUCAGAUGAUGUCCUCGAUAUCGUCCGUAGACUUCCCGCCAUUGAGUACAUUGAACAGGAUGGCGUCUACCGUAGUCAGGUUACAUGGGGUCUAGACCGUAUCGACCAAAGGAGUCUCCCUCUUGACAAUAGCUAUAGUCCACGUGGCACUGGAAGUGGAUAUACUGUGUGGGUAAUCGAUACCGGCGUUCACGAUUCACACAGUAACUUUGGUGGUCGUGCACAGCAAUUAGUCAACUACGCAAAUGGUGGAAACGAAGAUUGUAACGGGCAUGGAACCCACUGCGCUGGAACAGUUGGUUCCAAUACCUAUGGUGUAGCGACGGGGGUACAAAUCAAGGGAGUCAAAGUCCUUGGCUGUUGGGGAUCGGGCAGCACUUCCGGUAUUGUCUCAGGUUUGGAAUAUGUUGCUGCCAACAAACAGGGAGACAAAAACGUUGCCUCAAUGUCACUUGGAGGAGGAAUCUCUUUAACUCUUGACAAUGCUGUCAAGAGUCUUAUUUCUGAUGGGGUUCCAACCGCCGUGGCUGCUGGUAAUUCUAAUGAGGAUGCCUGCAGCACUUCCCCUGCUCGUGCUUCUACGGCAAUUACAGUUGGAGCUACAGACAACUCCGACACACGAUCCUCAUUUUCCAACUACGGUAGCUGCUUAGACAUUUUUGCUCCAGGUACUGAUAUCACCUCUACAUGGAUUGACUCUAAUUAUGCUACCAAUACCAUCAGUGGAACUUCGAUGGCCUGCCCACAUGUUGCCGGUGCCAUUGCCCUUUUUGGAUCGGAUACUUCUUCCAUGAUAAGUGAUGCUUCUUCUUCUAAGAUCAGUGAUGUAGGAAGUGGUAGUCCAAACAAACUUCUCUACGUCGGUUAGAUGACAGAGUACGGCCGGUUCCAAGCGGAAUGAAGAUUUGUGGAACAUGAAAUUUAACAAAAUAGUUAGAUUUGUUUUAAAAUAACCAUCUGAAUGUUUGAUUAUUUCAGAAGUUAAUCAAUUACACGACACAUAUAACAUAAAUGACUUCACAAAAUGCUCUUUCCCGCAAUAGGUAAAACUUUAUCUAGAUAUCAAAUGUAAACGUUGGGGAAACUGGUGUGUGUUGUUUAACAUAUUUUAAGAUUCUUUUUUUCUUUCUUGACGUGCAAUAUGUCCUAGUCAGUCAUUGUUUUCUUUUUAAAAGAUAUCCUAACACUGCACCGAAAAUAUGAGAUUGGCCAUGAUGAAAAUAUUAAAAUUAUGCCAUCUCGAAAAUCCGAAUUUCCAUAUUGUCUGUUUGCAUCAAUAGAACGAGAAUUGUAAAAAUAUUUUCUCCGUGGUAUAGUAAUAACAUCAUCUUCAUUAGACAGUCAAUUAGUUUGUAUUCAUUUAUCAUCAACAGCACAUAUGGUCUCCUCUAAGAAGAGACAUUCAAUGAACUAAAUGACUUUUUGGAGAAUAUUCACGACUCAUUACGCCUUUCACAUGUUCUCCUCAUCAACCACACCAAGUUAGCCCCCAAUAAUUGCCGAGAAUUAGAUUGUCAAUACUAUCACCUGAAAAAUGUUAUCGAAUUAUUAACAAUUAAAACCUAAAUCGUUCUGCA